AUGCUCUUGAUCGGGUCGCGCGUCGCACGCUCUCACUCGUCGAACUUCGUCCAUUCAUUCAUCUCAGAUCCAUUCUACGUCGAUCCGUCACUCCCAAGUCAAACCCCACACGACAGCUUUUCCGCCGACUUCCCUCCACUUGAACCUGGCCGUCGUGCCACACCCACUAUUCCUCCUGGAUUCGAGGCGGACGCAACGUCUCGUGCCACAUCUCGUGCCGGGUCUCGCACUGCAUCGAUAUCUGGAUCAGUUGUUGGCGCUUCUCGACCCGCAAGCUCUUCCAUUGUGCCUGCCGUCCCGGUACUUCCUUCACGAAUUGGGACGAUUAGUCGGCCGGGGACUCCGAGUCGGCCCGGAACGCCUUUGCGAUUGGUGUCGGUUGCGAAGCGAGGCCAAGUUGAUGAAUCUCCUUCCAAGGAAGGUGCUCAGAAAGGGCAUAGUAAAGAAGUGUUGUCAAAACACAAGGGCAAGGAGAACAUACCUAGCGCAAAGCCUUCUAAAACGGACGUUUCUACCGAUGCCGAGGUACUUCCUGCUACUCCAGUAAAGAAUGAAGGUGUCCCACGAAAGGGAAAGGCGGGCAAAACUGCAUCGCCUUCCUUGGGAGCGGAAGCAACUCCAGAACGCAAGCGGACCACCGAUGGCGGGAAGGCCGAGUCCAAGCAGGAUGUGUCGAAGCGACAGCACCUGGGAAAGCUUGACAUCUCUGCCGCGAUAAAACCCGCGAUGCCCGACUUCCAAGGCCAAACCGGGUCGGGUGCCGACUCACCGGCGUCUACUCACGCGGGUGAAGUUCCCAAAUCCUGGGCAACCAAGUCUGCAUCCAAUUCGCGGCCAGCCACUCCAGCGAGUACGGCAGCCACGGAAUCGCCCAUCAAACGUGUCAUCCAGCCGCGGACGAUUCGAGUUCUGCCAACUCCGAAGGCAGAGACACCACCACCUCUAGCCGCAGGACUGGCGGCCGUUCCUUCUUCCUUGGCGUCCGUCGUCGGUAAGCUGCCGUCUCGUCAGCCCAGUCUCACGUCCACCAAUCCUCCCGGCACUCCCAUCAGCGAUCUGAUAUCGGAGAACGCCUCGGUGACGUCGCAAUCGCUCUCUCGGACCGCAUCUCCCGCGCCCGGCGAGAAGCUCGGUGCCGUGGCGCCGAAAAAGACGAAAUCGGCGCUCGCGAAGGAGAAGAAAGAGCGGGCAAGGAAAAUCGAGGAGGAGGCGAUGGUGGCGAAAACGGUUGCGGACGAGCCGGUGCACGAGGCGAUUAUUGGGAGGAAGAAGAAGACGAGGAAACCGACAUCUCUCCUGACCAAGGCAACACCGACUCAGUCCACUUCCAAAGGAGGCGAGGUUGCUCAGAGGCCUGAGGAUUCGACUGCAGAAGCAGGAAAAGUGGGUACCAAGCAGAGAGGGGCUACGAAGGGACGGACGGAGGAGAAUGAGCAAACCGGUGCAAAAUCCGGAGCGCUCUCACUUCCAGAGCGGUUCAAGCGGAUGCAAGAGGAGCUUGGCAUUCCAGCGAAAGAGAUGCUUUUCUUCAAGACGAGCACUGGAAUUUCCAUCCCCAAAGGCGACAUCACCGCAGCCGACUUCGAGGUACUCAAUGAGGUCGUUCCACCUCGGGAAGCCGGUAAAUCCGGCGUCGUCCGCACUAACGGUAAAGACGGCCGGGUCUGGUCCCGCAAGAUGAUCACUCAAACAGGGGUGCACAUCGCCUCCCUCACCGAGGAUGAAGAGAACAAAUACCUCGCCCUCGAACGCGAGCUCGACAAAGCCGCGCGCUCUCUCAACGGCGUCCAACACAAAUGGGUCCCGAAAGCCAAGAGCGCCGAAGUGAAAGCGACCCUCGCCCAGCUCGAGAAGCACCUCUCCGGCCAGCUCGAGAACCUCCAGAAGAGCAUCGAGGAACAAACCGCCUCUACCUCCUCGCGGCGAGCAAGGUCGCGACGGGCCUGA